UUGCGUCACGUGCCGCGGCGCGGCCGCAGUGCAUUGUGGGCCCGCAGCGAUGGCGGCGCUGGGCGCAGGACGGGCGGCGGCGGCGGCGGCGGGCCUGCUGCGAGCCCCGGGCCUCGGCGUGUGGCGGGGGCUGGGCAGCUCGGCCGCGCUCCUGCAGCAGGCACAGGCCAAGCCCCACAAGGCGGAGGGGACGUUCCAGGUGACGAUGCUGCCGGGGGACGGCGUGGGCCCCGAGCUCAUGCACUCCGUCAAGGAGGUCUUCAAGGCCGGCAAUGUCCCCGUGGUGUUCGACGAGCACCACCUGAGCGAGGUGCAGAACACGGCGUCCGAGGAGAAGCUGGACCGCGUGGUGGACUCCAUGAAGGAGAGCAAGGUGGCCCUCAUCGGGAAGAUCCACACGCCCAUGGAGAUGUCUCACAAGGGAGACCUGGCGUCCUACGACAUGAGGCUCAGGAGGAAGCUGGACCUGUUUGCCAACGUGGUGCACGUGAAGAGCCUCCCGGGCUACCAGACCCGGCACAACAACCUGGACCUGGUGAUCAUCCGCGAGCAGACGGAGGGAGAGUACAGCUCCCUGGAGCACGAGAGUGUCAAGGGCGUGAUCGAGUGCCUCAAGAUCGUCACCAGGGCCAAGUCCCAGCGCAUCGCCAAAUUCGCCUUCGACUACGCCACCAAGAAGGGCCGCGCCAAGGUCACGGCCGUGCACAAGGCCAACAUCAUGAAGCUGGGGGACGGGCUGUUCCUGCAGUGCUGUAGGGAGGUGGCCGAGCUGUACCCCAAGAUCAAGUUCGACACCAUGAUCAUCGACAACUGCUGCAUGCAGCUGGUGCAGAACCCCUACCAGUUUGAUGUCCUGGUGAUGCCCAACCUCUACGGGAACAUCGUGGACAACCUGGCCGCGGGGCUGGUGGGCGGCGCCGGCGUCGUGCCCGGCGAGAGCUACAGCGCCGAGUACGCCGUGUUCGAGCUGGGAGCCCGGCACCCCUUCGCCCAGGCCGUGGGCAGGAACAUCGCCAACCCCACCGCCAUGCUGCUCUCGGCCUCCAACAUGCUGCGGCACCUCAACCUGGAAUACCACUCCAACAUGAUCUCAGACGCAGUGAAGAAGGUGAUCAAAGGUGGAAAGGUCCGGACGCGGGACCUGGGCGGUUACUCCACCACCUCCGACUUCGUCAAGUCCGUCAUUGACAACCUGCACCCCCACUACGGGGCUUAGGACCCCCGGCAGCCCCCAGCCCUCCCCAGACCCCCCCAGGGACCUUCACCAGCCCUGUCCCCACAGGGAUCGCUCUGGGGAGGGGACAGUGCGGAUUGUGGGGUUCACUGGGGGGGUUUGGGCAUGGGGCAGCGCCCCAAACUUGUAGGCAGCUCAUUGGGACCACCCAGCAUGGCUCUGGGACCCCCAGAGAUUCCUGUGGGGUCCCCGUUACUGCAGAAUCAUUCCCGUGGGACAUGGGACCUUGGACUGUGGGACCCCAUCCCUAUGGGAUCCCUAUUCCUAUGGGAUCCCUAUGACUGUGGGAUCCCCAUUCCUGUGGGGUUCUUCUGACUGUUGGACCAGUGGGAUCCCUGUGGAAAUGGGACCUCUGACUGUGGGAUCCCCACUCCUGUGGGAUCUGUGGGACCACCACAACUGGGACCAGUGAGACUGUGGGAUCCCUGUGUCCCCAUUCCCGUGGGAGCCAUCCCAUCCAGCUUUCAGCAAUAAACAGGGUGACAUCCCCACCCCCUUGGCAGCUGCUGGCACAGGUCCCCACGCAGGGACAAUUCCAGGCAUGGGACAGGGUUAGGGCAGCCCUCUGUGCCCCCCAUCCACGGGGACCGGGGGUUUCCUGGCUCUGAACCACCCCCGGGAGUCAAUCCCACGCUCCCAGUGCCCCGUGGGGCAGCCGUGGCCGUCGCAUCGUGCUCUGUACUCCGCUUUGCUAAUAAAGGCUCUGACGCUU